AUGAGUGCUUCGCGAAGCCCGAUACGGUCGCAGGACCGUCCGAGGCGAAGUCACCGCAAGUCCCGCCUCGGAUGUGCCGAAUGCAAGCGCCGGCGAGUCAAGUGCGAUGAAACCCGGCCGGUCUGCAAGAGGUGUGCACUCGCGGGGAGGCAGUGCGCAUUCUCGUUGAUGGCCCCUAGCCUACCGAGUACCGAUGCCAGCUCCGUCAUCUCGGGCUCUGAUGCACAAGACUCGACAGCAGAGACGUGGACCGGCCCGGCCGACGUCUCUCAGGCCCAGCUGCUCUACCACUUCACCUCCAGCCAUGGCUUAAUUCCCAUGUUCAGAGCACCUGAGGAGCUCCGGGGCUUCACAGCAGACGCCAUGGUCAAAGAAGGGCUCACCUGCCCCUUCUUGCUGAACCAAAUCCUCGCCUUCUCUGCCCGCCACCUGGCAUCGUGUAGGAACCAGCCGGAAGAGAAGACCGAGUACCUCCGCCAAGCCAAAUCAUACCAGACGCACGGAAUCAUGCUCUUUACCGCCACACCCAUCGACAUCGACAAGGACAAUUACUUGCCGUUACUCUUCUUCACCUGCCUCCUCGGGAUCCACCAGCUGUGCGACGUCAACCUCGGCGAGAACAAGAACAACAUUCUCGAGCAUUUUCUCGAAUACCUCGACGUCUCUCGCGGUCUCCGAACCGUUACCACACAGGCCUGGGAUGUCAUGCACCAGACCGAGUGGAGAGAACUACUCACCAUCGGCUCAGCCAGAGCGGAGCUCACCGGUAUCGGGACCCAGACUGCUGCUCUCAGAACGCUCAUCAGUGAGAGCCUCGGGCUAGACGAGCCGCAGAAAGCCGACUGCGACGAAGCUGCAUCCAAGAUCCAGGCCGCUUUCGACCUGGGAGAGGCCGGCUUAUCCGUCGAUGUGUUGCAGCUGUGUUUCCAUCACCUACUUUCCUGGCCGCAGAUCAUCAAGCCUGGGUUCAUCUCGGCCGCCAGGGCCAAACGCCCCGAAGCCCUGAUCAUCGUGGCUCACUUCUGCGUCUUGCUCCACUGGUGCCGUAAUCUCUGGAUCAUCGGUCCCAUGGCCCGGGAUCUUUUCCACGGUGUGCAAUCUUGCUUGGGCGCGGGAUGGGAGAAGUGGCUUCAGUGGCCCCAGUCCGUAUUCGAGGGAUCAUGA